CUCCAACGAUAUCCUGCGCUAGACUGGGUCGGGAAACCAUCAGAGUUCAAUAGCUGUUUACCAGCCGACAUCAGUUCGUACAAAGCUCCCCCAUGCAAGCUGCCAUCUCUAUCAGAAGGUUGCAUCCGCCUUGCAUUGUGUUCCCUGUGACAGGAGUCAGGCGGAAGCCUGGCCAGAAUAAGGGGAUACAUUUCACGUACGGAACCAUGGCAGAUGGGCUUCGUGACCUGGAUAUAACCACGGAAGACAAGCUACCUCAAUUCUCGCGGGCAAUGCCUCUGCCAGCUUGGCGGACGUUCUUGCUUGUCCUCACAUGGAGCCGUCAUCUCCUUGAGACUCACCGUAAUAUCCGAGCCAUGCUGCUUUCUCUUACAUAUCCUUUUCACUCGCUCUCGUUAUCUCACCUUGUGCUCAAACUUCACGAUCUCCUUGCUUCAGCGAAGUAUUGUCACCUCGCCAUAUGCUCACCAUGCUCGUUCCGGCCUAGUCAAGUAUUUGAAAACGUAUGUAUACUCCCCAUGUACACUCAUACCUACAGCAAAUGUUACAGUGAGAUCCCCGCUCCAAGAACGAUUGAAAAUUCCUCCAACAGUCCUCGUCUCUAGUCCUAGUCCCAUCCCUCUUUGUGUUACCUAUUAAUACGUCUUAUUUCUAUCUCGCAAUUCCCUGCCGAACUCAUACACAACCUUACAAUAUAUGAUUUGAUUUGCGACAUAUAGUGUAAUCUGUUUGUUUACUGCGUUUGCGUCGUUGCCAUUCACCGUCGAUUCCAAAUCCAAUUCAACAGGCUACGGUCAACCACUCCUGCGGCCGAGAACGUAUCCGGAAGAUCCUCACCUACUCCGUUAUAUCAUUGCGCAUAUAUCUCAAAGUCGCCUUUCCCUCGAUAGAUUGCAUGGGAACAACGGACCAGUGGAGGUUUGCUUCACAUUGGGGCAUAUAGACCUAAAGUGCCCCAUGACUAGACAGGAGUAACAG